AUGGCGGCUGCCGCACCCGACGACUUGGAAAAAGCCGUGGCACCCACCACCGGGCAACCACCCGCGGAUGAUACCAACAUCCCGCCGGAAGAAGAAGAAUUCCAACCCCCCGACGGCGGGCUCCUCGCGUGGUCACAGGUCCUCGCGGGCAUCUUCAUCAACAUGCUGGCAUGGGGCUACCCGUCGACGUUCGGCGUGUACCAACUCUACUACCGCGACACGCUGGGCCUACCAGAGGCGCAGAUCGCGUGGAUCGGAUCGCUGCAGACCUUUUUGGCGUUUGCGCUGUGCGCCUUCUCGGGCCGGCUGGCGGACGCGGGCUACGUCAGGUCGACGAUUGUGGUCGGCUCGGGGUUAGUGGUAUUCGGGACGUUCAUGACGAGUAUUUGCACCGAGUACUGGCAGAUCUUUCUCGCUCAGGGGUUAUGCACGGGGAUUGGACUGGGUGUGAUUUUCAUGCCGCCGUUGUCGGUGAUCAGUUCGUAUUUUGUGACGAAGCGGUCCUCGGCGCUGGCGAUUUCGGCCACGGGGACGGGGUUCGGCAGUGUGAUUUUCCCGGCCACGAUCCAAUAUCUGAUCCCGCGGAUCGGGUUCCCCUGGGCAGUGCGGUGCGCGGCGUUUGUGGCUCUGUUUGUGGCCACGGUGUCGGUGGUGAUGCUGAAGCCGAAACUGCGGCCGAGGCGAUCCGGGCCGAUUAUCGAGUGGGAAGCGUUCAAAGAAGGACCGUAUCUGCUGUACAUGCUCGGCGCUUUUCUCUUCUUUUGGGCGCUUUACUUUGGCUUCUUUUACAUCAACGCCUACGCCCGCAACGUCAUCCAUUUCUCCACCACCGACUCCGUCCAGCUCCUCCUCAUCACCAACGGCAUGGGCAUCCCCGGCCGGCCCGUCACAGGCUACCUCGCCGACCGCUACUUCGGCCCCAUCAACCUGUACGCCUUCCAGACCCUCGUCAUGGGCUGUCUCAUCUUCGCCUGGACGGGCGUCACCACGCGCACGGGCAUGUAUGUCUUCGCCGUCUUCUUCGGCCUGGCCAUCGGUGCCGCCCAGGGGUUGUACGCGGGAUCGCUGGCCAGCUUGACCAAGGACCCGCGGAAGAUGGGCACGCGGUUCGGCAUGGUGUGCACGUUGGUGGCGUUUGCGUCGCUAGCGGGGCCUCCGACGGCCGGGGCGAUUAUUGAUAAGUCGGGUGGGCGGUACUUGUAUGCGCAGGCGUGGGCUGGGAGCGUGAUUGUGCUGGCGGCGAUGGUGUUUGCGGCGUGCAGGUGGGCGGUUACGGGGUGGAAGUUGCGGGUGAAGAUUUGA